GACUUUUACCAGCACAGCCUGGAUGGACUCUGGUUCUGCCCUUUGUGCAGACGAAAGUGACUGGGUGGCCAGGCUUUGCUUACUGUCUCGGUUAAUACAGCUUGUUCGAUAAGGUUUUCUUUAAAAAAAAAAUAAUGCAUGUAAAGGAUUUAUCAAAAGCCCUCAUGAAUAUUUCAUGAGUUGAUAUAUCCAACUGAAUGAGUUCAGUGAGUCUCAGUGUGUAACUUGCAGACAAGCCUCAUCCACAAGGAGGCUAGUGACAGAGACAGCACGUUGGCGCAUUUUCAGAGGCAAAGGCAGCCUGAUAAAGCUCCUUGUGACAGGCUGACUUGCCAUGUCUCCCAGGAUGCUGCUCUUGUUCUGAACAGCUCUAGGAUUGGAACCACAGCUUCCCAAAUUAGCCUGCGAAGAGUGUUGGGACUCAGGAGCCCUCUACCCUGCAGCAGCGUUCCCUGCUAUGUUCCAGGCUGUUGUUUUGGAUGGUGAAAGCUAGCGCUCCACAAAAGACAUGACAGCAAAAAAUUCUUCCAAGGAACUUACUGCUUCUUCUGAACCCGAGGUUUGCAUAAAGACUUUCAGGGAGCAGAUGCACUUGGAACUUGAGCUUCCAAAGCUACCAGGAAACAGACCUACAUCUCCCAAAAUUUCUCCACGCAGUUCACCGAGGAAUUCACCAUGCUUUUUCAGAAAGUUGCUGGUGAAUAAAAGCAUCCGGCAACGACGUCGCUUCACUGUGGCUCAUACAUGCUUUGAUGUGGAAAAUGGCCCUUCCCCAGGUCGGAGCCCGCUGGACCCUCAGGCCAGUUCUUCCUCUGGGCUGGUGCUUCAUGCCACAUUUCCUGGGCACAGCCAACGCAGAGAGUCCUUCCUCUACAGAUCCGACAGUGACUAUGACUUGUCACCAAAAGCGAUGUCAAGGAACUCAUCACUUCCAAGCGAGCAGCAUGGCGAUGACCUGAUCGUCACUCCAUUUGCCCAGGUUCUCGCCAGCUUGCGAAGUGUAAGAAACAACUUCACUCUGCUCACAAACCUCCAUGGAGCUCCCAACAAGAGGUCGCCAGCGGCUAGUCAGGCUCCAGUCUCCAGGGUCAGCCUGCAAGAAGAAUCAUAUCAGAAACUAGCAAUGGAGACGCUGGAGGAACUAGACUGGUGCCUAGACCAGCUAGAGACCAUCCAGACCUACCGCUCUGUCAGUGAGAUGGCUUCUAACAAGUUCAAAAGGAUGCUGAACCGGGAGCUGACCCACCUCUCAGAGAUGAGCAGAUCAGGGAACCAAGUGUCUGAAUACAUUUCAAACACGUUCCUAGACAAGCAGAAUGAUGUGGAGAUCCCAUCCCCCACCCAGAAGGACAGGGAGAAGAAGAAGAAGCAGCAGCUCAUGACCCAGAUAAGUGGGGUAAAGAAACUGAUGCACAGCUCAAGCCUGAACAACACAAGCAUCUCACGCUUUGGAGUCAACACAGAAAAUGAAGAUCAUCUAGCCAAGGAGCUGGAAGAUCUGAACAAAUGGGGCCUUAACAUUUUCAACGUGGCUGGGUACUCACAUAAUCGGCCUCUCACGUGCAUCAUGUAUGCCAUAUUCCAGGAAAGAGACCUUCUAAAGACCUUCAAAAUCUCAUCCGACACCUUUGUAACCUACAUGAUGACAUUAGAAGACCAUUACCAUUCUGAUGUGGCAUAUCACAACAGCCUUCAUGCUGCUGAUGUGGCCCAGUCAACCCAUGUUCUCCUUUCCACACCAGCAUUGGAUGCUGUCUUCACAGACCUGGAGAUUCUGGCUGCCAUUUUUGCAGCUGCCAUCCAUGAUGUGGAUCAUCCUGGAGUCUCCAAUCAGUUUCUCAUCAACACAAAUUCAGAACUUGCUUUGAUGUACAAUGAUGAAUCUGUGUUGGAAAACCACCACCUUGCUGUGGGAUUCAAACUGCUACAAGAGGAGCAUUGUGACAUCUUCCAGAAUCUUACCAAGAAGCAACGCCAGACACUCAGGAAAAUGGUGAUUGACAUGGUGUUAGCAACCGAUAUGUCUAAACAUAUGAGCCUGCUGGCAGACCUCAAAACAAUGGUAGAAACCAAAAAGGUGACAAGCUCGGGUGUCCUUCUUCUGGACAACUAUACUGACCGGAUACAGGUCCUUCGCAACAUGGUACACUGUGCAGACCUGAGCAACCCCACCAAGUCCUUGGAAUUGUAUCGGCAAUGGACUGAUAGAAUCAUGGAGGAGUUUUUCCAACAGGGAGACAAAGAAAGGGAGAGAGGAAUGGAGAUUAGCCCAAUGUGUGAUAAACACACAGCUUCUGUGGAAAAAUCCCAGGUUGGUUUCAUUGACUACAUUGUCCAUCCACUGUGGGAGACCUGGGCAGACCUAGUUCAGCCUGAUGCUCAAGACAUUCUGGACACACUAGAAGAUAACAGGAACUGGUACCAGAGCAUGAUACCCCAGAGCCCCUCCCCACCCCUGGAUGAGAGGAGCAGAGACUGCCAGGGGCUUAUGGAGAAGUUUCAGUUUGAACUGACCCUUGAAGAAGAGGAUUCUGAAGGACCAGAAAAAGAAGGAGAAGGCCACAACUACUUUAGCAGCACAAAGACACUUUGUGUUAUCGAUCCAGAGAGCAGGGAUUCCAUGGAAGAGACUGAUAUAGACAUUGCAACAGAAGACAAGUCCCCCAUCGACACAUAAUCUCCUUCUGUGUGGAGAUGAACAUUCUACCUUUGACAAGCAUGCCAGCUGAGUGGUAGGGCAAGCCUACCAUGGCCAAGGCCUGCACAGGACAAAGGCCACCUGGCCUUUCCAGUUACUUGAGUUUGGAGCCAGAAUGCAAGGCCGUGAAGCAAAUAGCUGUCCCGUGCUGCCUUGCCUUGCCUGCAAGCUUGGCGAAGACUUGCAGCUGUAUGUGGUAGUAGAGGCCAGUUCCCAUCACAGCUAAAUGGCUUGAAACAGAGGACACAAAGCUGAGAGCUUGCUCUGCACUAGGUGUUGGGAAGCUGUCCCGACAGGUGACUGAACUCACUAACAAUUUCAUUUACAAAUCUCACCCACCCCAUUGUCUGCCAACCUGUGUGCCUUUUUUGUAAAAUGUUUUCGUGUCUUUGAAAUGCCUGUUGAAUAUCUAGAGUUUAGUACCAACUUCUACACAGACACGUGUUUAAAUCUGACACAAACAUUUUUUUUUUUUUUGAGUCUUUCUGGAAAAACAAAAACAAAAGGAAAGAAAACAGUCUCCUUUCUUGGGCAACAUCUUUGGCUUUACUCCAGUUAACUUUUGCAAACAGACAGGACAGAUGCACAUCCAACCACAUGCUGCUUCCUUCUCUUUGUCCAAUCUGACUCCACAGUGGCCCCUGCAACUUAGAUGUUUGCCUGCUUAGAGCAAUUUUCCCCUGUGAAAUUUCUCUGCUUUGCUUUUCAAACUGAUGGAGAGAGUGGAACAAGCUCAGAGGCCUGGAGGGAAGCUGUGGUGUUGGCCAUCGGUCUAUGGAGUGCUCCGUUCCACAAGGCCGUGUGUGCUGCUGUGUCCCAGCCUCCAUGCCUCUGGGCGUUGCACACCACCUGCCAUCCCCCCCCCACCUCUCUUCACUCAAGUAUGCUUCUGUCAACUCAAUGCUGCCAUCUCUGUCGUUGCACUGCCUUCCUGCACUGACACUUCUCUCUAGUCCUGUUUAUAACCAUGUAUUUAUUACAUACUGUACAUAUUGUAAUGUUUUGUAAGUUAUUAAUUUAUAUAUCUAACAUUGCCUGCCAACGGUGGUGUUAAAUUUGUGUAGAAAACUCUGCCUAAGAGUUGCAACCUUUUCUUGUAAUGUUUUGUAUUGUGUAUUAUAUAAUCCAAACGUGUAAGAGAGACGUGAAGCCCCAUUAGCAAUGAGGACAGGAAUGGCCAUUGUUCCAAGGGCCUGCCCUUUCCUUCUCUGAGUCCCUAAUUCUGCCCAACCCUUUGGUGACCUGGUUUUGCAAACAGGAUUCUCAUAUUAGAUACUAAAUUGUUUAUACUGAGGUUUAUUUUGUAUAGUUUGAUAGGGGCUGGGAACACGGGCAUGUAGUUUUUACCCAUGUUCUCUCCAAGUCUCUGUCUGCGCGAGUUGGGUUGUUACUGGGCUCUGCUCUAAUUGUGGCUUUGGUUCUAAAAACAACACUACAUUUGCUCACAGAUGAUGCUGAGUGUUCCCAAACUACUGACUUGGAAGAGCUAGCCUCCAUACUGCUCACAAGCAGGGGAGUCAUGUUCAAAUCAUCAUGAAAAGAAACAAUGAGACAAUGUGAAUUUUUAUCGUAGAAUGUGAACUGAUGUCAUAAAUUAUACAAAUGUGAAGCUUCUGAUAACACUUGUUAGGCCUCUUCCUGGUGUCAGUUUCAGUCUAUACAAUAUGUGUCAUGCUUCAGUUCAGCCUUGUGACAAUAGUUAAGGAAAAUGGCACAAAUGUGCAUGACCAGUGGGUUCGUAUGUCUGUAACACGGCUCUGUUCCAGGUAGACAUUGUAUUGUUUUCAAAAGUUUCUCACAAUGUAUGUUAUAAUAUUAUUACUAUUAUAUAUUGUGCUCAAAUGCAUUCUUAAGAGACUUUUAUAUGAGCUGAAUAAACAAAAGCAUGAAUAGA